GUGUUUGUCUCAUAAUUGGCAGGAGAGAUUUUUUUUUUUUUUUGCUUUUGCUUUUUGCUUUUUAAGUGAUGAAUAGUUGGCGUGAGAUCAAAGACAAGCCCUGUGGUUUUCUGGCUGCCCCAGUAGGGCGGUGCGGCUGGCAGUCAUCCCAGCUGCCUGGUGAUAGGCAUGUGGAAGAGAUACCAAGCUCACAGGUCACUGUGUGUGUGUGUGUGUUCAUGUACGUGUGUUUUUCAGGCCAACAGCAGGCUGAAGCAGAUUGAGAAGGAAUACACUCAGAAGCUUGCCAAAUCUUCACAGAUCAUAGCAGAACUUCAGACAACCAUUUCCUCUCUGAAAGAGGAGAAGAGCCGGCAGCAGCUUGCUGCAGAAAGGCGGCUCCAGGAUGUUAUACAGAAGUUUGAAGAUGAGAAGCAGCAGCUGAUUAGAGAUAAUGACCGAGCAAUCAAGGCUUUACAAGACGAACUAGAAAACCGCGCUAACCAGGUGCGAUGCGCAGAGAAGAAACUACAGCACAAGGAACUAGAGUCACAGGAACAGAUAACUUAUAUACGACAAGAAUACGAGACCAAAUUCAAAGGAUUGAUGCCAGCAUCUCUAAGACAAGAGCUGGAAGACACCAUUUCCUCCCUAAAGUCACAGGUUAACUUUCUGCAGAAGAGAGCAUCCAUCCUUCAAGAAGAACUGACUACAUACCAAGGCAGAAGCCUGUCUUUGAGAAGCCACCCACCCCUUGUAAUCGCAGUGCUUAGUACGAUCAGAACAGAAUGAGAGAAUCUGCAGAUGCCUGACAAGUCUGGGCCUCACCUGCAUCGCCCUGACAAGACAUUGUCUUAAAGCCCAGUUGCAGGGUUAAGGAGACCGUCUUUCUUUGAAGAUAGCGAGCUGAUGCAGUCCUUAGCGUGGUGGCCCACAUCUUCAAAGCCCCGUAUCCCCUGGAGGUUUGGCGCUGCUGCUGCUGCAGAUGUUCUCCAGACCAAAAGAGAUAAAUGGCUCGGUGGCGUGGCAACACGGUGACUUUAGUGCCCUCAGCAUGCGCUUCUCAAGGAUGCCUUCUUAGUCCAGGGUCCCCAGAGACAUCACAGACAUAGAUUAUGUUUCCCUGCUCUAAGUCAGUCAAACAGCCUCCCUUUUCACGCAGUGAAAGGCCAAAGCACUUACUUGGCAUCGGUUUAGAAGUUAAGACCUUGUGAAUCAUUCACUUUUCGAAAGAGUCUAUUGCCUGGUGCAGAUGGGAUUGGAUCCUUUCCGGGCAUAAAUGAUGAAAUUUUGAUACCGAAUAUCCUUUUUAACCUCUAUCCAACUCCUCCCGAGUUAGGACAUAUUUUAUCGUUGACAUGCCCAUCAGACCUGGAGAAAAUCAUUAACUGAGAUUUU